CUCUUUUCCCCCUUGGCGUAAUAUCCCUUCCGCUUCGCCUCUCAGCUUCGGCAGCCAGCAGUCUCCUUUCCGUACAGCAGAGAGAAGCGAAUAGCACUCCGGCGAGCCUACAUUCUCCGACGAACCUUGCAUCUCGGGAAAUUCCAAAACUCAACACGGACUCUCAAAAAUAAGCCCAAAAGUUUCGUGAUUCCCAAAGGAUGGAGAAUAUAUGUGUAUACAAGAGAGGUUAAUUAUGAUCUGCGCCUAUAUCCCAAUCCAUAUACUUUCAACCCUUGGAGAUGGCUGGGUUACUGUCACGUUGCGAGUCAAAACGGUCUGUCAUAUUUGCUUCUUUCAAGAGGUUCAUGUUAACAAGUACAGGAAAUUCUGAACUGCAGCGGAGGACCCUAGAACGUUCAAGCAAAUUUGAGGGGUUAGGGGAAGGAGCAGAUAUUGUGAAUCAGAAGAACCAAGAAUGCUCAAGUAAGUUGGACAUUGUUAGACAAGGAGUAGAUAGUAUUUGCAAGAUUUUGGAAAGUGGUCCAUGGAAACCUUCCUUGGAGAAUGCUCUAUCUGAUAAUGGCGAAGAGCAUGAUACUGAGGUUGUAAUUAGAGUCUUACGAAAGCUUAAAGAUGCAAAAAUUGCAAUUGACUAUUUUCGUUGGGUGGAGAGGAAAACUAGCCAAACUCAUUGCCCAGAAGCAUAUAAUUCACUUCUCAUGGCAAUGGCAAGGAGCAAAAAUUUUGAAUAUUUGGAACAAAUAUUUGAAGAAAUGAGUAUUGCUGGAUUUGGUCCUUCUAGUAGCACUUGCAUUGAAUUGGUUACAGCUUGUGUCAAGAGGCGAAAACUCAAAGAAGCAUUUGAUCUAAUUCAAACUAUGAGGAAGUUUAAGUUCCGUCCAGCUUUCUCAGCAUAUACAACUUUAAUAGGUUCCUUAUCUGAAGUUCAUGAACCAGAUCUUAUGUUGACCCUCUUUCACCAGAUGCAGGAAUUAGGGUAUGAAGUAAAUGUCCAUUUAUUCACAACAGUAAUUCGAGCAUUCGCAAGGGAUGGUCGAGUAGAUGCAGCUCUUUCCUUGUUGGAUGAGAUGAAAAGCAACUCUUUUGAUGCAGAUAUUGUCCUCUACAAUGUUUGCAUUGACUGCUUUGGUAAGGCAGGUAAGGUUGAUAUGGCUUGGAAAUUCUUUAAUGAAUUGAAGGCCCUUAAUAUCAUGCCUGAUGAUGUGACAUAUACUAGUAUGAUUGGUGUUCUCUGUAAAGCUAAUAGACUACAUGAAGCUGUGGGGCUAUUCGAGCAGAUGGAGCUCAAUAGGACAGUUCCUUGUGCAUAUGCAUACAAUACAAUGAUCAUGGGUUAUGGCUGUGCUGGUAAGUUUGAUGAAGCGUACAAUUUGCUUGAGAGGCAAAGGCUAAAGGGUUCAGUACCCAGUGUGAUUGCAUAUAAUAGUAUCCUUACUUGCCUUGGGAGGAAGAGAAAGGUAGACGAGGCAUUACGGGUCUUUCAGGAGAUGAAAAAAGAUGCAGCACCAAAUCUGUCUACAUAUAAUAUUCUCAUAGACAUGCUAUGCAAAGCAGGGAAACUUGAAGAUGCUUUACAGCUUCGUAAUGACAUGCAAGUAGCCGGUUUGUUUCCUAAUAUAUUGACUGUUAAUAUAAUGGUUGAUCGUCUGUGCAAGAUAAACAAACUCGAUAUAGCUUGUUCAAUAUUUGAAGAAAUGGAUCACAAAGUUUGCAUGCCAGAUGAAGUUACAUUUUGUUCUCUAAUUGAUGGGCUGGGCAGGCAUGGAAGGGUAGACGAUGCAUACAGACUCUAUGAACAAAUGCUAGAUUCUGACCGGAUUCCUAGUGCUAUUCUCUAUACAUCUCUAAUCAAGAACUUCUUCAAAUCUGGGCGAAAGGCAGAUGGGCACAAAAUUUACAAGGAAAUGGUUCAUAAGGGGGUUUCUCCUGACCUCUCCCUCCUUAAUACCUACAUGGAUUGUGUCUUCAAAGCAGGUGAAACAGAUAGAGGUAGAGCACUUUUUGAGGGAAUCAGGACUUGGGGAUUCACACCUGAUGUGCGUAGCUAUUCUAUACUAAUUCAUGGCCUCACUAAAGCAGGAUUUGCCCACGAGACAUAUGAGCUAUUCUAUGCAAUGAAGGAACAUGGAUAUGUUUUGGAUACACAAGCUUAUAAUAUUGUCAUAGAUGGCUUCUGUAAAUCAGGAAAAGUUAAUAAAGCUUACCAGCUUCUGGAGGAAAUGAAGGUAAAAGGUGUAGAACCAACAGUAGUAACAUAUGGUUCAGUAAUCGAUGGGCUUGCCAAGAUUGACAGACUCGAUGAAGCUUACAUGCUUUUCGAAGAAGCUAAAUCUAAAGGUGUGGAGUUGAAUGUGGUGGUAUAUAGUAGUCUAGUAGAUGGGUUUGGAAAAGUCGGUAGAAUAGACGAGGCAUAUCUAAUUAUGGAAGAAUUGAUGCAAAAAGGAUUGACACCAAAUGUACAGACUUGGAAUUGCCUGCUUGAUGCCCUAGUGAAGGCAGAAGAAAUAGACGAGGCUCUUGUUUGCUUCAAGUCAAUGAAGGACUUGAAGUGCCGUCCUGACACCAUUACUUACAGCAUUCUCAUAAACGGCCUGUGCAGGGUUCGGAAGUUCAAUAAAGCCUUCGUCUUUUGGCAAGAGAUGCAGAAAGAAGGCCUAAAGCCAAACAUGAUCACCUACACCACCAUGAUAUCCGGUCUUGCAAAGGCAGGAAAUGUAGCAGAGGCCGAUAAACUCUUUCAAAAAUAUAAGGCUAAUGGUGGUAUGCCAGAUUCUGCUUGUUACAACACUAUGAUGGAAGGGUUAAGCGUUGCAAAUAGGGCAACCGAAGCAUACCAGCUAUUUGAGGAAACUCGAUUAAGAGGUUGUAAUAUAUAUACCAAAACUUGUGUUAUCCUUCUAGAUGCAUUGCACAGGGCCGAAUGUCUUGAACAGGCCGCCAUCGUAGGUGCUGUGUUGAGAGAGCGAGCAAAAUCACAACAUGCCUCGCGAUCUUUAUAGUGCCAGAUUCUGUUUGUUACAACUCUAUGAUACAAUGGUUAAAGCAGAUAGGAAAACAGAAGUAUACUGACUGGCCAUUUGAGGAAAUUCAGUUAUUAGGGUGUGAUAUAUACUCUAUAGUCUAUAUAUAUAUAGCAGCAAUACUUUGUGUUGUUCUCCUACACUAGACUAGACUAGAUGCAUUGGAUUGGAUAAUGCUUGAGAGCAAAAUCACAACAUGCUUCAACAUCUUUGUAAUGCUUAAAUUAUUCUUUUUUGAAUCAAUACUACUAUUUUCUUCCUCCCUAAA